UACACACAUACACCCAACGCCACUCGGCGUUCCAAACAACAACUUGAAGAAAAAUUACCCAGUAGUCACCGUUGGUUCACCUCCCCCUCCCUCUCUCUGCCCCAUACUUGGUCAUCGGUGCCGCCAUAGGAAUAUGAUGCGGCUGCUGCUGCAUCAUCACUGGCCCAGCAGAGGGCCCAGCACGACUUGCGAGGCUCUUGCGCGAUCCGUUCCGUCUUAUUCUUGCGUCUCGUCCGUCGUCCUGCAUUAUUGACGACCCGCUGGGGCUGGAGGGAUGCGGAGGGAAGAAGCCGCAGCACGCUUUGGGAUGCGCACUCUUGCCCCGCACCCCCAUCAUUUGCUUGAGGGACGGCGUGUGUCUGAAUGAGGGUGGGGGGGCCGGAGGCGGCGGUGUCUUGGCUGCCGUAUGGUGAAUAUUAGGCAUGGACACUCGAUGGCUGUUGGGCGGGGCGCUGACCUUGCCCAGCUGCAGGGGAGGGAUUCGCCUGGCGCGGGACGAAGGCGGGACAGAUGUGGAUGGGAAAUAAAGGGGGGGUACCAUCGGGCCAGGAGGGGGAGACAGAGGUGACGGGUGAUGUCCCGAGAAAUAAGGCAGGGCGCUCUUCGGAGGGUGAUGUCCGGGGGGUGGGUGAUGGUACCGAGCAGACAUCGGGCCGGGUUGCAUUGGAGACACGGCAUUCCGGACCGAUUGCAUGAGGUUGGGCGGGAUCGGGAUGGAACGCCACGUGUGGUGGGGGCUGCCAUUAGGAUAGCGCGCGGUCAUCGGUGCGCUUCUGUCGACUGUCCUUCUGGGCGGCAGAGGUGCCCCGUCAUUGACAAGGGGCGCCUGGUCGCUGUUGAAGGGCUGUGUGAGGUGGAGAGCAUUGGGUGGCGGGGUGGGGUGGUGAAGGGCGGCGGCGAGGCCGAAUGAUGGGGGCCCCAUUUGGGGGCAGAGGUUGACCACAUUCGGCGGGCUGAAGGCUGAUGACGUGCUGUCCUUGAUCUCAUCUUCGACAAACUGCCGGACCAGCCUGUGACGGAAGUGGUGCAGCGCUCGGUGUAUCCACAGUUGGCGCUGAGAAAAGGACACGAUGGCCACGUCAAUCAAUGGACACACCUCUCUCUGCCAAUCGUUACCUGUCGAAUGAGGGGCCCCCUCGGUGACGGCGGUGCCGACCGACAGUACGGCACGUACAAAGGCGCCUCUCCCAACCCACCGCGCUCUCGAGUGUCUCUUCGCUGGUCAACAUGGCUGGCUGCCUUCGGGCCACUGGCGCGCGGCGAGAUCGGCGCCGAGACAGGCGAGAUGACUAGUUUGGGGAUUCGGAGCGACCGAGGCCGUGCGGGCGGCUCUUGUCGAGGCGCUCGUGGUGGGCUGCUGGUGCAUAUGUUGAUGCACGGAGAGGGUGAUGACGGCCGUGGUUGGCGCUGACGGGUGGCGGGCUCGCCGCCGAUCUGCUCGAUGCGCUGGGCGAUGCCGGCGAGGAAAAUCUCGCCAUACUGGAGAGCCUGUAAGGGGGAUUCGCACAUGACACACUAUGCACCAUGUACCGUCUUGGUGGCCGGUUACCUGUCCGACGGCUGCGGUGGGUAUCGGUUGUUGUGUGUCGGACUGUGCGGCGUGUUGGAUGUGGUACUGCACUUGGUCAUUGAGCUGGUUGAGACGCUCCUCGAAGCAGUGGCGGAACUCGGCCAUCUUGCCGACAGCUUGCUUGAACUCAGACCUGGGCAGGGCAGGCAGGGCCAUGGAAGGAGUUGAGCGGUGACGUGCUCCUGUGAACUAUGUAGGUACGCACCUGAAUCUUGCGAGCUGCUGCUCCUUUUCCAUGUACAGCUGGUGGAGCCGUUCAUUUCUCUGUCGGAGGUCCUCUGAAAGGCAAAGUGAAGUGCGCUAUACAUUUAUUUCCGUGGACCGAAGCAAGCGAGCCUCUCUUUUGCUUACCGAUGGUCUUUCUGACAGUGGGCGAAGACUCCAUGACACUGCUUAGCGUCUGCGGGGACACACACAGACACGCCAGCCGCAGGGCCUUCCUUCAUGCGUCAACCGGUAGUGCGUGCGCAUUGCCUCACCAUCGAUGCCCCGUGUUGCAGUGCCGCAGGUGGAGCUCCUCCCUCCUCAGAAAGCUCCGUGAUACGGCUCUCCAGCUCAGCAACCCGCUGGCGCAGCGCCAUUACGAGUGGAUGGUGGUCCAACAUGGCGUAGUCACGCGGCGAGGCGCUCAGGGCCAGCGAGGAACGGCGCUCGGCGUCGGCAUUAGCAGCGGCAGCCACCGGACUCAUCUCGUCCAAGUGCUGAUGCCAAGAGAGAUGGUCACGCAAGGAUGCACGUCAGGCAGUCAUCUAGAUUAUCAAGGCAAGUACACAUACCUGAGUGAAUUGGCGGAUGUUGGCUGUGGCGGUGUUGAGUCGUCUGAGAAAUUUGCCCUCUUUGGAGUUGGCGUCGAAUGUGACCAUGUGUCUCAUUCGGAUCCUCUUGGUGCCGCCGGUGGUGCCGUCCUCUGGGGCCUCGUCCUCGCCCCCCUCCACAACCUCAGGCACCUCAACGAUCUCACCACCGAUCUCCAUCGAACCUGGGCGGGGUUUGCAGACAAACGGAACGAGCACAGACACCGAUUGAUUGACUGGUCGGUUGGUUGGUUGGUUGGUUGGUUGGUUUUACUUCUGAGUUCGAGGUCUUCUUCCUCUUCGUCUUCGUCGAUGGCAGCGAUGGCGCUGAAGUUGUGCUGGGACGCCAAUGCGCUCAGAAUGGCGCUGGGGCUCGCUACCCUGCAUCCAUCAAAGGGGGUGCGGUUUACUCGUCUUCCUUUGUGUCAGUCACUCCUUGCCGAGAGCUUACGAUUGGGCGAGAGGCGUAUCUCCCGGCCCAACACCCAUUUCCGUCGUCUCAAUGCCGCCCCUCUGCUGCUUCAGCUUCUCAGUCAGCAGGGCAUUUGCCACAGCCUGUUCGGCAGAGUGUGUCUCCAGCGUCAUCAAGCGGAUCUGGAGGCGCUUGAACUCGCCGAGGAGGUUCUGGCUCUGCGUGCGCAUCUGGUUCACAAAAGCCAAAGCUUUGACCCUUUGGUUCUCGAGGUCGCGGCGGUCCUCCUCGGUCUUCUUGACGCAGUCGAAGUACUUGUCCCGGAUCUCAUUGACGUCGUUCUCCAGUUUCUCGAUCUGCGCGUCCUUUGCAGCGAUGGUCUUGGCCGUCUCACUGGCCGAUGCCUCCAGCUGAAACAUAUAUGGCGAAGGAAGAAUUGUCACUCAGGAAAAGAAUGCAGUGCGUCUUCGACCUGCAAGAGGCGUGAACUGAGUUCCUCCGCCUUCACCUCGAGCUCGCCGCUGCACAGUCAACAGACAGGUCAAGUAAGGUGCCUUGUCAGGGUUUCUCCGGCCCGUCAGCUCACUUGUAUCUGUCGGCAUUGGUCGCAAAGGCCUGCAGCUGCCUGAGCUGGUUCCGCAGGUCCAGCACUGCCUUCUUGUUCGAGAGGUCCUCCGGUAUCACCACAACAGGCAUGUCGCCCUUCCGCCCCGUCAUGCUGCUCUUUGCCCCCCUCCCGCCGGGUGCCGGAGACACAGAGAUCGAUGGCGUCUUGCCUUUGGCCGCUGCCGCCCUGGCCUUGGCCUUGGCGGGGACGCUCUUGCCCCUGCCAGCUGCUGUUGAGGGGGGAGGGGGUGUGAGAGAAAGGCGGGGCGCCUCUUCCUCCUCUGACUCUUCCAGGUCUUCAUGGGGCAUCUCGAUCAGUUUGGGGGUGGAGGGGAUACGCCCGAACGCCGACUGACGACGGGGACCCUAAACAAACGCACAAACAGGUCCACGCACAAUGUCCUCUGCCGGCGCCCUGCUGUCUUACAGCGUCUUUUCGGUAGCUGGUUGCAGCUGCCGUGUCGAUAGAUGCGCGUCGCCGCGCGGCCCUUUCCUCCUCCAGCUGUGCGAUGGCCAGCUCUGAUGCCAGAGACCCCGCUUCUAUGUUGGAGCUGCGACCGCUGCCGCCUCGCGUCUUCUGCAAAUUGCCGACCAACUCCUGCACGAAGAGGGGGGAGAUGAAGGGUCAUGAAUGCACAUCUGCCGAGUCCCGUCAUGCUUCCCAUCGUACGUACCUCUUUCUCUUUGAGCUGCUCCUGGACGGAUUUUAGCGUGGCUGGCAAAACACACGCAUAGAAACAGGAUGGAUGGCACAUGCCCCCGUUGUCGGUGCGCACCUUUCAGCGCUUCGCAUUGUCCCUUCCAGCGGUCCACCUCACUCAUCAAAAAGCUCUUCUGAAUCACGAAACUGAAUACACACACACACACACACGCACACACACCAGGCAGACAAGAGACACAUAGGUGCGGUAGUGCACCUGAUGUGUUCUCACUUACUCGCUUUUGAGGUUGUCGAUCUUGGCGCCCAUCUCCCUCUCCCUACAGUGCAGGCAGGCGCACCCUUCCAUGGAACCUCCAACUUGUGUGUAUUGUAUGUCUCUCCUACUUGGCCUCGAGCAGCAGCCGCUGUCCUCUGAACCACUGCUGUUGGCGGAGCUCCUCGUGCUCCUUGGAUGCCGACUCCUGCGCCUUGGCCUCGCUCUCUUGCACUGCAUGCGUCGUGGAUGUCGGAUUGGUUUGUGGGAGCCAGCAACCAACACCCAUUCAGGCGAUUGAACAGUGUGCGGUGUUGCGACUGACUGACCUUUGUCCUGGAGUUUUGUGAUUUGUGUCUGUAGCUCGAGGAGUUCCUUCUCGACGUUUUCGUAGUUCCGACGGAGCCUCUUUGUCUCCUCCUGCCACACACAGAGACAUCCAUCCACGGCCAGUCAAUCCACAAGCGAAUCGAUCACACGCACCUCCGAUGUCUUGAGUUUGGCCUCUACGAGAGCGAUGUCUCUGUCUCGGUCGAACAGCUGCUUCUCGAGCUUGAACUUGUCCGACCGGUCCUUACGGUAGGUGAGGAUCUCCUGCUGCAGAUCCUCUAUCUUGAGCUGAGCAUCGUCCAGACUUUGCACCAGCUCCUCUACCAUCUGCUCCUUCUGCUUCUCGCGAAUGCCCGACGGCCGCCGCUGACCACUCGACGUGCCGCUCCACCCGAUGCUGCCUGGCCCCGCACCUCCACCCCCCGCCAUGGCGGCCAUCAAAGGGCCCGGUUUGGUCGGCAGCUGUGUGCUCAUGACCGCGAUGGAUGCUCGACGGUUGCGGCUGGCAGCUGCAGCUGGGACGGCCAGACCACCGCCGCCUCGUGAAGGGGCAGGGAAGACUGACAGGGAUAAGAAAGAGGGCACAUAGCUGAGGGUGCUGCUUGUAUCGUGAUGUGUUGCCUUUGCGUACCCGGUAGUGGUUCGGGUCCUCCCGAGGUGGAGAGGACGGACGACCUUCGCGAGUCGUAUGACGACCCGCUGCCCUGAGGCAAAACGGAGGGGUGCUCGCCCUCUACCUCCUCUACAUGCUGAGCUAGCCUGCACACACCAACGAGAGACACACACAUGUCAUGUCAGGAUGGAGUGGAUGGAUGGAUGGAUGGCGUGUGGAAGACAUUCAUUGGGUGGGGAGACACGGCUUGUCUCGGGUGGGGAGACAUUCAUUCGCCCUGACCUGGCAAUUUCUACUUCCUUUCGCUCCAUCUGUUUGGACAUCUUCUUGAUAGUGACUUGCUGCUUCCACAACUUAGCAUACGGCAAAGCCACCUUGUCAGCCGGCACGCUGCCGCGCUUCGCCGCCGGCCCCACUGUGCUGGGGCGAACGUCUCUCUUGGCCACACCCUCCGCCGUCUUCGGGCUUACUGACACCGACUUGGCAGCUGGCCGUCUCCCCUCCCCACCUCUGCUCCCCAGCCGAAUGAUUGGUCGAGGCCCCGUGCCAAGAGGGCUUGGCGAGGUCUUCCUGCCAGUGGGAGAGGGGGGUGACUGCAGGCUGCCCUCUUGUCGCUGGCUCAGGCUGAGACGUGGCGCGUUGGCAUGAAACGUGUCAGGUGCCGGGGGAGUGGCGGCCUCUCUGUCGGUGGAACCGCGGGCGUUGGUGCCCUGACUCAGCUGGCUCGAGUGCCUGUGGAAAAAGAGAGAGGACUCACGUGCUUCUUCUGCAUGUCGGCUAUGUGACGGAUGCAUGAGUGACUCUCACAUUGAUGGCUGAGACAUCUGCGACGCCUGUGAGGCCGUGCGAUAGAGGUUGGCCGCACCCGCGUCGUCCGACCCCGCCGACCCUCGCCCCUUGGCUUUCGCCCGGGCCUUCUUUCUCUCGCCCUCCAGGCCCGCCAGGAUUGGUGACGGCCCGGCCUGCGAGUGGGUCGGCGACCCAGCUGCAGACGAGGACGUCAGCUUCAGCACGGGAGCUGACCACAACAACAAGGGAAUCCACACCAAGCACACCUUCUGACGGUUCUCUCUCCUCCCACCUGGUGUAGGACUUUCCGGUAUCUGUGCGAGGGACGACCUGAAUCCAUGGGAGGUCGGCAGAGGUGAGGGAGCUGGGGAAGUGUCGGCAUCGAAGUGAAGGGGGCUGGGGCGGCCUCGAGUGGGGUUGGGCGGCGUCUGGCCGCUCGGGACAGGCUUCGGGCUCGCCGACGCACUUUUGCUACCUGACGGAUGGACAGAAAGGAUGGAUGAAAGCCACCGAUUGAUUCAUCAUGGCAGUGAGUGUCUCGCUCACCUGGCUCCCGCAAAGUCUGCGACUUGGCGAGACCCUCUACCUCCUCAGGCUGGCUGAACAUCACACUGUCCCUCCCUCCGCUCCCCGACGAGCCUGCACUGCCACUCCUGCUUCCCGCCGCCCGGCCCCGUGAAGUCGGCCUCCCAGCCUGCGAUCCAUGAACAUCGUGUCAACUGACCACGCAUGGCUCUGCAUCGUGCGGCUGGUGCCUACCUUUGCUGGGCUGCUCGACGCGAGUGCAGAGGGUGUCUUGGGGAGUGCCGGGGAGGCAUCCUCCUUCUGAGAGGACUCUGAUACGGUGGGGAUGCGCUUCAUCGUCACAAUUCAGGGCUCUGCAAGGUAGAGGGAGGUGAAACGCGACAACGAC